AUGGGUUCGAUACCACGAGUGUCGGUGGUCUCUGGGACAAGAACUGCAGUACCAGCGGCACCUUUGACCAAACACCUCGAACUUCUCCGGAUGGGCGAAAGAACUGCUUUAAUUUAUUCAGAUGAAACCUGCAAUAUACAAGUGAGCUACGCUGAGCUGGAAGCGAGAAGCAAUUCCACGGGUAGAGCAAUAGCAGCACACGCGAGGCCAGUGGGCCCAAACAGGGAUGGCGAUUUUGUUAUUGCUGUCUGUAUGCAGCCUACACAUAACACAUUAUUAUCACUUCUCUCGAUAUGGAAGGCAGGGGCAGCUUAUGUUCCGAUGGAGCCCAGUUUCCCACAAGGCAGGAUAAAUCACAUUUUGAAGGAUUCACAACCGUCUCUUGUUAUAUAUGACGACAGUGCAAACCCAAAUAUGUUCGCGAACAGUGGAAUACCAGCGAUUUCCUUUGAAGAAUUAACAUUGGAUGCUAGUUCCUUGCCUUCAGACCGACUCGGUGCGUCUGAGAUGCUAGCGCCAUCUCUUGUCGAUAGCAUUGCUAUAGUGCUUUACACAUCUGGAAGUACCGGUAUUCCUAAAGGGGUGCGUCUUUCAUAUUCAGCGAUUUGCAACCGUCUCUGGUGGCAGUUCAGAACAUUUCCCUAUUCGGACACAGAGAGCAUUUGUGUUUGGAAAACUGCACUCACCUUCGUCGAUUCGGUUUGCGAAAUUUGGGGACCGCUAUUACACGGUAGAACUUUGCUGAUACUAUCGAAGGAGACAACACGUGACCCGCAGAAGCUCGUGCGGGUUUUGUCGGAGAACGAGAACAGGUUCGUGGAGCGCUUAGUCCUCGUACCAACUUUAUUGCAAUCGAUCCUCAUGUAUGUGUCUUUAAAUCCAUCACAACGUCCCCUACAACGUCUUAAGCUCUGGGUGUGUUCGGGAGAAACUCUAAGCAAAGACCUCGCAUCCAGGUUCUUCCAGUAUUUUGGAGAACAUGGCUACAAAUUGGCAAAUUUCUAUGGAAGUACCGAGGUUAUGGGUGACGUUACAUACUAUGUUAUGGAGAAAACUGCUCAGUUGGAUAUUUUUCCUACUAUACCUAUUGGUGCCCCGCUAGACAACUGUGCAGUGUAUCUGCUAGAUGAAGAAAUGAACCCGUCUCGUGAAUCGGAGCCUGGGGAGGUGUGGGUUGCUGGUCAAAACCUAGCCAAGGGAUAUGUUGGUGGACAGGCCCCGGAAAAGUUCUGUGACAAUCCUCACGCUGCUCAUCCAGACUUCAGUCGUCUGUACCGUACUGGAGACUUCGGUAUCCUGUACAAGGGCAUGAUACUAUUCGCUGGUAGAACCGAUUCACAAGUCAAGAUUAGAGGACAUCGUGUGGAUUUACAAGAAGUGGAACGAGCAGUCAUGGGAGUACAAGGAGUUGAAAAAGGUGUGGUCUUGUGCUAUGGCCUGGAUCGUGGCAAUCCGGAGAUCUUAGCUUUUGUCACAAUCAGCCCUACUGCAAGGUUGAACGAACGGCGCAUAGAAAAUGCAUUAAAUGAUGCAUUGACAAGCUACAUGAUACCACAAGUGAUCGUAAUCGAAUCUAUACCCCUUCUGGUGAACGGCAAAGUUGACAGGCAAGCGCUCCUCAAGAUGUAUGAAAAUACAAACAACAAUGAUGACGCAACUAUCUCUCUUGAAAUAGACUAUACUGGCGUACGCACAGAAGAUAGAGCCAAAGCUCAAGCGUUAUUUGAAACAGUUGGUGAAGUUCUUGGUCGCGCAGCUAGAGGAGCUAUAUCUGUGAGGGCUGGAUUCUACGAGCUUGGUGGAAAUUCCCUUAACUCCAUAUAUACCAUUACGAGAUUAAGAGAUAAAGGAUACUAUAUUGAAAUUAGUGAUUUCAUUGGAGCAGCCAGUUUGGGUGAGGUGCUACAGCAUCUGAAUACAAAUUUAAAUGACACAAGAGAUUCGGAUAGACCAAAGUUCAAUGUUGUUUCGAUGAGGGACGACCAUAGGGAGGAAAUAAUUGAGAUGAUAGUUUCAUCGUUCUACGAAAAGGCUGAGUUGGAGCAGUUCUUACGCCACGAAAUAAACACGAGAGACUAUGCCCAUUGCAUAUCAGCGUGCUGGAAACCACUGCUUGAGGCCGGUCUCAGCGUUGUACUUGAAGAUGGUUCCGGCAGUCCAGUUGCAGUAGCAUUGAACUUCGAUGCAAGAGAUGAACCUGAUAUUGAACUAGCUGGUGGUUUAGCGAAGAUCAUGACCUUCUUGGAGUAUGUGGAGAGCUCUGUUAGGGAUACUAUGCUACCUGAAGGAAAAGGUGCAAUUCUGCAUUCUUUUAUGAUGGCGACAGAGUCAACGCUGACUUCUGGGGAUAAUGUUGCGGCAAUACAAGCCCUAGAGGUUGCUACGAUGAACAUAGCCAGGAAACGGCGUUUUCUCGGAGUAUUCACAACAAAUACGAGUCCUCUGACUCAGCAAUUGGGUACAGAUGUCUUGGGCUUCCAAACACUUCUGGAUUACCAAAUCAAUCAGUACGUGGACUCGAAUGGAGACCGGAUAUUUGGUGAAGCACCAGAUGGUAUGAGAGCCAUUGUGUGCUGGAAGCCCGUUGAGUGA